AUGUCAUGGCAUAGUUGUCUAAAGCGUGUGCGUGAGAAGACCCUGCGCCAAGGUUCGAACACUCCCAGCCCUCGGUGUUCCCAGCCCUCGGUGUUCCCAGCCCUCGGUGUUCCCAACCCUCGGUGUUCCCAGCCCUCGGUGUUUCCAGCCCUCGGUGUUUCCAGCCCUCGGUGUUCCCAGCCCUCGGUGUUCCCAGCCCUCGGUGUUCCCAACCCUCGGUGUUCCCAGUCCUCGGUGUUCCCAACCCUCGGUGUUCCCAGCCCUCGGUGUUCCCAGCCCUCGGUGUUCCCAACCCUCGGUGUUCCCAGCCCUCGGUGUUCCCAGCCCUCGGUGUUCCCAGCCCUCGGUGUUCCCAGCCCUCGGUGUUCCCAGCCCUCGGUGUUCCCAGCCCUCGGUGUUCCCAGCCCUCGGUGUUCCCAGCCCUCGGUGUUCCCAGCCCUCGGUGUUCCCAGCCCUCGGUGUUCCCAGCCCUCGGUGUUCCCAGCCCUCGGUGUUCCCAGCCCUCGGUGUUCCCAGCCCUCGGUGUUCCCAGCCCUCGAUGAAGAUCAACAGACGAGUUCAACAGUAACUCCCACAUUUCGGUCGACCUACAGCAACAAUGGAACACUGUAA